AUGGAUUCUCAAGGAGAAAAAGAUUGGGAGCUCUUUGCUAUUGUGGCAUGGUGUCUAUGGAAUAAUAGGAAUAAGAUGCGGCAUGGAGGGGCUGGGAAAAUAUGUAAAUCCAUCGCAGAAGAGGUCUGGACUGCUUUGCCUUCCAAUGGCAGACCCUCGAGGCUCAAAAUCAUACACAAACAAUGGUCCCCUCCACCACAAGGCUGGUAUAAAGUGAAUGUAGAUGCUGCUGUUUUUAAGGAACAAGGAACGUGUGGUAUUGGUGUGGUCAUCAGAAACCAUCAGGGGCAGAUCAUGGGGGCUAUGUGUAAAAAACUAGAGUUCCCACUAGGGGCCUUAGAAGCAAAAGCCAAAGCAAUGGAAGCUGGCAUCCUUCUCGCGUGGGACUUGGGGCUGAAGGAUAUCGUCGUAGAAGGUGAUGCUCAACUGAUAAUUCAAGCCUUGAAUGGCUCUGCUACGCCUGCCAUACCAAGUCUGAAGAUAAUUGGAGGUUCAAGGAAAUAUUUGUAG